GUGGCCAUGGUGCUGGUACUGCUGGUGGCCAUCCCCCUGUUGGUCCACACCACCAAGGGGGGCGGAGCCGGCAGCCACUUUGAAAUGCGGGGGAGCUGUAAGACGGUGUGCGACCACUACCCGACCUCUCUGGCGGGCCAGGAGCUGGCGGCGGUGUCGCCCCCCCCUCAGGACUUCUCCUCCGGCCGGCGGUCCAGGAGCGGCCUCCGGGGCCCGCCGGGGAGCCCCGGCCCGGCGGGAUCCCAAGGACCCCCCGGAGAGCCGGGUAAACCGGGGCCCCAGGGGCCUCCGGGCCCGGGCCCCGGGGGCUACACCGCGUCUCUGUACAGUCCAAAGAUCGCCUUCUACGCCGGGCUACGCAAGCAGCACGAGGGCACGGAGGUGCUGAAGUUUGACGAUGUGGUGACCAACGUGGGGAACUACUACGAGCCCAGCACGGGGAAGUUCACCUGCCCGCUGCCAGGGGUGUACUACUUCACCUACCACGUGCUGAUGAGGGGGGGCGACGGCACCAGCAUGUGGGCCGACCUCAAGAAGAACGGACAGGUGAGAGCCAGCGCUAUGGCUCAGGACGCGGACCAGAACUACGACUAUGCCUCCAACACGGUGAUCUUGCACCUGGAUGUGGGCGAUGAGGUGUGGGUGCAGCUGGACGGGGGCAAGGUGCACGGAGGGAACACCAACAAGUACAGCACCUUCUCCGGCUUCCUCAUCUACCCUGACUGA